AUGAAAGCGUCGAGUAAUAUCGAUCAAUGUCCAUCUUCAUUUCAUGUGACAUGUCUAGGUGUGGAGAAAGUUCCUGAUGGUGACUGGUUUUGCCCAUCAUGUCGAUGUGCAAUUUGUGGCAAAAGUAAGAUAGAAGAAAAGGAGGGAGAUUUCCUUGUUUGCAUUCAGUGUGAACAUAAAUAUCACUUUAAGUGCCUCAGAACUAAAUAUGCAACUAACUCGAGAAACUGGUUCUGCGGAAGGGACUGUGAAAAGAUAUAUUUUGGUCUCCAUAAGCUACUAGGAGAGCCAGUUUCAGUGGGCACUAACAAUCUAACUUGGACAUUGGUGAAAUAUAUAAACUCCGAGAGUAGUGAUCCAUGUACUACUAAAGGUUACUUAUUGCCAGAAAGUUACAGCAAACUCAAUGUUGCACUCAGAGUGAUGCAUGAAUGUUUUGAGCCCCUAAAGGAACCUUCGUCUACCAGAGAUCUCAUGGAAGAUGUUUUAUUCAGUCAAUGGUCAACACUUAAUCGAUUGAAUUUCUAUGGUUUCUAUACCGUACUUCUGGAGAGAAAUGAAGAACUGAUAAGUGCAGCAACUGUUAGGGUUUAUGGAAAGAAGGUAGCAGAAUUGCCUCUUAUUGGUACCAGAUUACAGUAUCGUCGACAUGGAAUGUGCCGCAUUUUGAUGAAUGAGCUUGAAAAGAGGCUCAUGCAGUUGGGAGUGGAGAGGCUGGUUUUGCCUGCUGUUCCUAGUGUUGUAGACACAUGGACUGGUUCUUUUGGCUUUGUAAAGAUGACAGAGUUCGAGAGGUCGCAAUUCUUGGACAAUACUUUUUUAGAUUUUCAGGGUACCAUCAUGUGCCAGAAGCUGCUGAAGAUUCCAUCUCCAGAAUCGGUUUUGUUAAUAGAGUCCCAACAAAGGACACAGCAUGUUUUGCCUGGAAACAAGUUAAAUUUUGACGGUGAUCUGAUAUCUGAAGUAUUACACCAAGCAGAAGAAACUGACAAACGAGAGAGAGAGAAUUCACAAAUCCACAAUAAUUGUGCUGGAAACAAUGAUCAUUGCAGUAAUGGUGCCAUUGACAUUGAGCAAGUCACACCGGUGAAUAAACCAAGUCUUGAGGAUCAACAGUGGCAGAAUGAUCCACAGAGCUCUAUUGUAACACAAGCUGACAGUAAUAAUGGCUCACCAUAUAAGUGCUACUACAAAAGAAGGAAAUACACAAAGUUUUAGAAUUUAACGAGGUGGUUGGGAGUAUUUUCGUUUCAAAGUUAGGGGUACAAAAAUGUAAAUUUAGGUAACUAUGUGCAUGCAUAAACAUGAGCCUCAUAGGUGCAAAAAAAUGCCACUUUUGAAUGGGUCUGGAAAUGUGAAAGUUUGACCAUGUUUCUCUCUAAGGAUGAAUAUAAUUAUUGGGAGUAAAGAAUGUAAAGAUUGAUAGGAGAGUCUUGUAAUCAAUGCUUUGAUCAAAUGAUGCAAUACUCAGUUUUUGUUUAUUAC